GGCGGCGAGACGCGGUGCUGAGAAAGUUUGCCGGUGCCCGAGGGCGACUUUGACGCGUGAGCGGGGGCUGCGGGGCCGGCCCGGCGCGUUCCGGCCGCGCCGCGCUCUGCGGGCGCCGGAGCCGCGCCGCGUCCGCGGGGGCCGGGCCGGGCCGGGGGGAAGGGGCGUUGCCAUCUGCUGUUAAUUCCGCGGUCAUUGGAUUAGUAACCAGCGGUGAUGAGAUCAGCGGGAUCGGCUUUCGCGAGGGGGCACGGCGCUCCCCAGCUGUGCCGGCUCUCGCAUGAGGCGGCGGCGGGCAGCGCAGGGGGAGGCAGCGCGCACAAAGCCCGGUAGCCGCCGCAGGCCGCCGCCCCCGGGCAGGGCUCCCGGGCGGCCCCGCCGCCCCGAGCCCCGCGGCCCCCCGGGCGCGGCGCCCGCCUCGCUCCGAGCCGCGGCUCCCCCCGGCCGCCCCGGCUCCUGUCGCCUCCCCGGGCAGCCGCAGGCAGCGGGCGGCGGGGAGCAGCCGCUGCUGGGCGGGCGCGCUCCGGGCGGGGGGCACGGGCUCCGAGCGCGGCGAGCUCGGCCACGGCGGUGCCGAGUUUGUUUACUUGUGCUUCGCGUCUCGUCCCCGGUAUCUCCUCUCUGCCGGCAUAGCGGAUCGGUGGCGGUGCCGGGCUGGGGGUUUAUGGAGCAUUUUUUACUCUGAAAACAUUGCUGCUAAAAAACUCCAAACAGGAGGACUAAAUCCGCUCAGCUUGUCAGGUCACUGGCUCAGUGUAACGGUGCUUCCAUGAGGUGACAUUGGGCCAAAGUCAACUUUUCUUUCUCCUUUGUAAACCUGCAGCCAAGCAAUGGGCCAGAAAAUCUCAGGGAGCAUAAAGUCUGUGGAUGUGAGGGAGCCCCCUUAUAGACCCGUGAAACGAGAGCUGAGAGGCCCGGAUUUCUGCAAGCCCGCGCGCCUGGACAUGCUGUUGGAUAUGCCCCCUGCCAAGCUGGAGGUCCAGUACAAACACGCUUGGAAUAACGAAGAUCGCUCGUUAAAUAUAUUUGUUAAGGAGGAUGAUAAACUGACUUUUCACAGACACCCUGUGGCCCAAAGCACAGAUUGCAUCCGGGGCAAGGUGGGCUACACGCGGGGCCUGCACGUGUGGCAGAUCCACUGGCCCACGAGGCAGCGGGGGACUCACGCCGUGGUGGGCGUCUCCACGGCCGACGCGCCGCUGCACUCGGUGGGAUACACGUCCUUGGUUGGUAGCAACAAUGAAUCCUGGGGCUGGGAUCUGGGGCGCAACAAACUCUACCACAACUGUAAAAACCAGCCCGGGGUCACGUACCCCGUCUUUUUGGAACCAGAUGAGUCUUUUGUACUCCCAGACUCCUUACUGGUGGUUUUGGAUAUGGAUGAAGGGACGCUUAGCUUCAUGGUCGAUGGACAAUAUCUUGGAGUGGCCUUCAGAGGACUAAAAGGGAAAAAACUUUACCCCAUAGUCAGUGCAGUUUGGGGGCACUGUGAAAUUACAAUGAGAUACAUCAACGGACUUGACCCGGAACCCCUGCCUUUAAUGGACUUGUGCCGAAGAUCAAUUCGUUUUGCUCUUGGCAGAGACCGCCUGCAUGACAUAGAAAUUCUACCUUUGCCUCUGUCUCUGAAAAAUUAUUUACAGUACCAAUAAGAAAUCUAGAACCCUCUGGCCUCACAUUGGACUUCAUCAAUGCAAAUGGCAGAAAAUUGUUUACAGCAAAAUAUAAAUCUUUGUGAUGGACACUGAAGUGUUAUUUAAUUUUUAAUAUAUGUAUUUUUUUCUGAACCAGUGAAAGCAGAUCACUGUGGGGGACUACUAAAGAAUGUGAAAACAUUGAUUUGAUUGAGGUUCAUGUGUUACCUGUUGCCUUUUGUGUUUACAGUCCUGAAGGCUAUAAUUCUCAUCUCUCAUACACUGUUUGGUUUAUCUUUGUUGCUUCUGGUAAAUGCCAAUAGAAAAUCUGACCUGCAAGAUUCAGUGUCCUACAGGCAGAGAAUUUUUCAAUAUUAUGAUUUUAAUUUUUCUUUCUCUCUCCUACACUUUACCUCAAUAAACAAAAAUAAAUUAGCAAA